CCACCUCUGACCCCAGCCGAGAGUAGCUGCUGUUUCUGCGAGGACGAUUCGUAAGCCGGGGUCCGGCGCGGUUUCCCAAUCCCUCGCCCUUCUGCCCGGCCCCUUCGGUGCUCGAGCGACGCCUGGGGUGCGGUCUGUUCUGGGCAGCUUGCCUGGGCUUUCUACAGAGGCUCCGGCUGCAGGUCACAUAGGUGGCUGUCGAAAGUGCCGGCCGCGCGCCGGCGCCGGCAGCAGCCGGGUGGGAAGGCUCAAGAUGGCGUGCCUGUUGGAGACCCCAAUCCGCAUGAGCGUCCUCUCGGAGGUAACAGCUAGCAGUCGCCACUAUGUUGACAGGCUAUUUGACCCUGAUCCCCAGAAAGUUCUCCAAGGUGUCAUAGACAUGAAGAAUGCUGUAAUUGGAAACAACAAACAGAAAGCCAACCUCAUCGUUCUAGGAGCUGUUCCAAGAUUGUUGUAUUUGCUUCAACAAGAAACCUCAAGCACAGAGCUGAAAACUGAAUGUGCAGUGGUGUUAGGGAGUCUUGCGAUGGGCACAGAAAACAAUGUCAAGUCUCUUCUAGACUGCCACAUUAUCCCUGCCUUACUACAAGGACUACUGUCCCCAGACCUGAAGUUCAUUGAAGCUUGCCUCCGAUGCUUACGGACAAUCUUCACCAGCCCUGUCACUCCAGAGGAGCUACUGUAUACAGAUGCUACGGUGAUACCACACCUCAUGGCGCUGCUGAGCAGGUCCCGCUACACCCAGGAGUAUAUCUGCCAGAUCUUCUCACACUGCUGCAAAGGGCCAGAUCAUCAAACAAUUCUGUUUAACCACGGGGCAGUACAGAACAUUGCUCAUCUCCUAACCUCACCCUCUUACAAAGUUCGAAUGCAAGCACUGAAAUGCUUCUCUGUCUUAGCCUUUGAGAACCCCCAGGUGUCAAUGACCCUGGUAAACGUUUUGGUUGAUGGGGAGUUGUUACCACAGAUAUUUGUGAAGAUGUUACAGAGGGAUAAACCUAUUGAGAUGCAGCUCACGUCAGCAAAAUGUUUAACUUACAUGUGCAGAGCUGGAGCAAUUCGCACAGAUGACAGCUGUAUUGUAUUAAAAACUUUGCCUUGUUUGGUUCGAAUGUGCAGUAAGGAGAGGUUACUAGAGGAGAGAGUUGAAGGAGCUGAGACCCUCGCCUAUCUGAUUGAGCCAGAUGUUGAGCUGCAGAGAAUCGCUAGCAUAACCGACCACCUCAUUGCCAUGCUGGCUGACUAUUUCAAGUAUCCCAGCUCAGUGAGCGCCAUCACUGACAUUAAAAGGCUUGAUCACGACUUAAAACAUGCCCAUGAGCUCCGCCAGGCUGCGUUCAAGCUCUAUGCCUCUCUUGGAGCAAAUGAUGAAGACAUCCGGAAGAAGAUCAUUGAGACUGAAAAUAUGAUGGACCGAAUUGUGACUGGCUUGUCUGAGUCUAGUGUCAAGGUGCGGUUAGCUGCUGUCAGAUGUUUGCACAGUUUAUCCAGAUCUGUACAACAGCUUCGAACCAGUUUCCAGGAUCAUGCGGUGUGGAAACCUUUAAUGAAGGUUUUACAAAAUGCACCUGAUGAAAUCCUAGUAGUAGCAUCUUCCAUGUUAUGUAACCUUCUUCUUGAAUUUUCUCCAAGUAAAGAGCCAAUUUUGGAAUCAGGAGCUGUCGAGCUGCUCUGUGGGUUGACACAGAGUGAAAACCCUGCUCUACGAGUGAAUGGGAUUUGGGCUUUAAUGAAUAUGGCAUUUCAGGCGGAACAAAAAAUAAAAGCAGAUAUUUUACGAAGUUUGAGUACUGAACAAUUAUUCCGGUUAUUAUCAGAUUCUGAUAUGAAUGUGCUGAUGAAGACAUUGGGGCUUCUUAGAAAUCUCCUCUCCACGCGGCCUCACAUAGAUAAAAUCAUGAGUACUCACGGAAAGCAGAUUAUGCAAGCUGUCACUCUGAUUCUGGAAGGGGAGCAUAGCAUUGAAGUCAAAGAGCAGACACUGUGCAUCCUAGCCAACAUUGCAGAUGGGACAACAGCAAAAGAGCUUAUUAUGACCAAUGAUGACAUCCUGCAGAAAAUCAAAUAUUACAUGGGUCAUUCACAUGUCAAACUGCAGCUUGCUGCCAUGUUUUGUAUAUCAAACCUCAUAUGGAACGAAGAGGAAGGUUCACAGGAACGCCAGGAUAAAUUACGAGACAUGGGGAUUGUAGAUAUUCUACACAAACUGAGUCAGUCGGCAGACUCUAACCUCUGUGACAAGGCAAAGACGGCGCUGCAGCAGUACCUGGCGUGACGGGAGAGCCCUGGGCACCUGCGAGCACCCCACACCUUUGUAAGAGGAAGUACAGGAGCUAGCCUCAUUUGACUCCUUCUAUUUGCACACGUCACCUUGGACUGCAGGGAGCUGUUUUGCAAAGCAGUUUAGUAAGCUUAGAUCUCAGAUUCAUCUUGAGAACAUUUUUUGAGGUAGUAAUUUCCUCAGAGGACUGUUGUGUUGUGUUUUGUUUUGUUUCUGAGCUACCUGGACUCUUUAUUAGAACAAUCAAUCAUUUCCUUUGGACCUACAAUUUUUUGCCUAUGCUGCAGCCACUUUGUGAGCAAGAAUGAUGUGUGUGUGUGUGUGUGUGUGUGUGUGUGUGUGUGUAUGUGCGUGUGCGUGUGCGUGCACAUGCACAGGAGUCAGGAUGAAUGACCGUGUGGGUGAGGGAUACCUCAGAUUUUUCUUUUCUUAUUUUGUGUGAAAAUCUCUUUUCUACAGAUUUUCCAGGGUUUAAGCAUUGCUUGCUGUAUAAAAAAAAAAAAAAAAAUUACUGAAUUAUAUACAGUUUGAAUGAAAUGUUAUUUUAAAAGCAAAACAAUUGUUUAGUGUUCCAUAAAAGUUAUGUUGAAUUUUGGUCAGAUGAAUAUUUGUAAGUAAAAAAUAUAUGCAUUUCUGAACCUCAACUUACAUAGAUUUUCUUUAUAAAAACAAAAACAAAAAAAAAAGACAAAAAAAGACAAAGAAAAAGUUGGCUACAGUCUGCCUGAAUAACAGGCACUGUACAUGGUGCUGUGCAGAUGGUGAGCUAGCAUCUUACUGCCAUCAAUAUUAGCAGGUACAAAGCCUUUGGGUUUUGUUUUAUUUUGUUUUUUUUUUUUUUUUCUAGCCUAACUCAGUAAGUUCUCAGGCUUCCAAGUCACAAGGAUGGUGGAGUCGAGCAAAGUGAGGGACGGUCACUGUAGGCUUUGAAACGUCAAAGGGAGGCUGAUAGUGGAAACCUAACGAGGACCAGGUGGGCUGGCUUUGACAGGACUGGGGACCGAAAGCCUCCCAGCAUACCUAAAGUCCUGUCAUUAGUGUGGCAGCAUCUGGCAGGGUCUCAGAGCAAACCUGGAGAGCAGGUUGCCCGGAAACAAGCCAGAUCACCGGGUGCUUCCCGAGGCAGUGUGAGUGGCUGGGAGACUAGCUCGUUCUGCAAACAUGUCCUAGAAAGAGGCAGCUGCUUAAGUGUCCCAGCAAAGGCCAUGAAGUAGCUGGGGACGGCUGGGUGCUGUGCUCAUCCAGAGUGAAAUAGGAAGUCUUUUCCUGGAUGAAGCUAAAAUACUUCAUGUUGUGAAAAGAGAGGAAAAUCUCCCCGUGAUGACUGAAAAUGCAUUGGGGGGGGUGGGUGGACAGGAUCUGCUUCAACUUCCGGUCCCUUCAAAUUGAACUCAACAGAGAUAGGAACAAACAGCCUGCCUUCCUGUGACCAGCAGGGCAGCGGCAUGGCAGGCAGCGUGUGGUGUCUGCAACUGCUGGGGCCCACACCCUCCCUCCCACCAGCCACUCCCGACAGGGCUGCUCGCCUGAGAGCUGGUCUGUCACCAGCCUUCACCUUCCUUGGAAGACUUAAGUAUGGUUGAUUGCAAAUGAAUGUUUUUAAAAUGUUGUAUUUAAUGCAAUGCUUCCUGUUCUCCAUAUGGCCACCCAAGAUACAAACACAGAGAUCUCCAAGUUAUUUUUUCCAGAACAUCACUGACUUUAAAAGCUGUCACAACAGAACUUGGGUUUUGUACAGACAUCAGAGUGCUAAUGUGAGAAAACCUGGGAGUGAAGCUUUCCCCCAGCAGGCCACUUACUGCCGCUGGUGUUGAGACUGCAUCCUCCGAUAGUGUUUUGUAACAAGAUGCUACAGCAUUGGUUUUAGAAAGUACCAGUAACUGUAAAGAAACCAAUAACACGUUGCUGAGACAAUCGUGAACCCAAAAUAGCAUGAGAGGGCUGAAGACCCUUUGAACUCUGUGGAUAAAUCUUGCCUGUGGGUAUAGGCAAUGGUCACAUAAAAAGUGCUUUACUCUAAUUAACUUUUCUGAUUUGAAUGAAGGGAAAUGUAUUUAUUAAAACAAAGCUGUGUGCUGCUUUAUGCAGGUGCAGUGUUUGGUCAGCAAGGAAGUGGGGAGAGUGGGGGGCAUGGUCUUAUGUCUACACCCAAGUUCUUAACGAAGCUUCUGGCCCUAAUACUGCAUUCUGUUUCUCCUUUUGUGCCCUGAUUGUAACCCAAAAUUUAUAAACUAGAAAAGAAUGUCAAAUUUAAUAAGUUGCAUUUUUUUCCUUAAGCACUUUAUUCAGAACAAUACAUGUUCUUCUGGUAGUGUUUGGAUAAUAUGAUUUUAACACGUGCUAAUAAAAGCCAAGAAAAGUCA